AUGGCGCCCAAUAUGUCCCUCCACAGCAUAAACGCGAUCCUCAUCCUGGCCGCAGACGGCGUCCCAGAGAACGCCCGGAUAUUCACCAAAUACUACGAACCACCACACACAUCCGCUACGUUCCCAACGCCAACGCAAUCCUACCGAACUCUCAAAGAACAGAAAGCAUUCGAGAAGGGCCUGUUAGAGAAGACAGCCAAGCAGACGAGUGAUGUUAUACUCUACGACAACAAGGUUGUAGUGUUCAAGAUGGAGAGCGAUGUGAUGCUAUACGUUGUGGGGGACAUGCACGAGAACGAGAUCUUGCUGUAUAAUGUUGUGCUGGCCCUGAGGGAUAGUUUGUCUUUGUUGUUGAAGAACAGCACCGACAAGCGCACGAUACACGACAACUACGACCUCGUUACGCUGGCUAUUGACGAGAUCGUGGACGACGGCAUCGUCCUGGAAACAGAUCCAGUCAUUGUCGCGAGCAGAGUCAGCAAGGCGCCUGCAGCGGAUGCGCCGAACAUGAAGAAUAUUGAUUUGAGCGAGCAGGGUAUUCAGAAUUUAUGGGAGUUUGGCAAGAAGCAGGGUAUUGAGUUUGUGAGGAGGAAUCUGUGA